AUGGAACUGGGAUUGUUGGGGAAGAAAAGCUUAGAGCAGGCGAGGAGGAAGAGAAAAUGGCUUGCUGUUAUGGGAGCAUUAGGAUUCACAGUUUACGGCGCCUACAGAUUUUACAACUCCCCUUCAGUUGUCCAGCAGAGGCAAAAGCUGACGAAACUAGUUAAUGCAUUCGUUUCUUUAGCCGAAAUGAUGUCCGACUCGGCCGAUGCCGUCGGCAUUCUUUCGAGAGAUCUCAAGCAGUUUCUCGGUUCCGAAUCCGAUCAAAUUCCUCAAAGUCUAAAGCAAGUUGCUAAAAUCGCCCGGUCGGACGAGUUUUCCGAGUCGUUGACUCGGUUUUCGCGGGCCGCAACUCUCGGGAUAUUGCGAGGUUUUCAUCACGAGUCGUUAUCGAGCGGUGAAGGAACUUUCUUGGAUAAAUUGUUCUCCGAGGCGGGGACUGGUUUCGCCUCGGCUGUCCUCGGGAGCUUCGCACGCAACUUGGUGUUGGCCUUAUAUUUGGAAUGGGAGAACGAAAACAAAAACGGAAAGUCUAAUCCAAGAUGGGUCGAGGUCGCCUGCGAGGACAAGUGUCGGCAGCUGAUUGGGGACUGCGUACGAUCGAUUGUGAGCACGGCCGUGGCCGUUUAUCUAGACAGGACGGCACAUAUCAACACAUACGACGAGAUAUUCUCCGGCCUCACGAACCCCAAACAUGAAGCUAGGGUUAAGGACAUGUUGGUCACACUAUGUAACAAUGCGGUCGAGACUUUUAUCCGAACUUCCAAGAACGCAUCGAAUGCAAACAGCCCAAGAUACAACACUUCGACUUAUUCGAGAUUUGAUUUUGAGGACGGUUUAAGUGGGGACGAGAAGUUGAAACUGAUAUCGACCACAUUGCACGCGAGGAGAUUGAGGGAAAGGAAUUCGGAGGGCGGGUGGAGUAGGAAGAUGUGUUCGGCAAUGGCUGUGCCGGUUAACCGGAAGUUUGUGCUUGACGUGACGGGACUUGUGACGUUCGAGGCUGUGAGGUCUUUUCUCGAGUUUUUGCUGUGUAGGGUGGCCGAGUGCAUGAGGAAGAGCAUGGGCGCGGUUCACGAGGAGGUGUUUGAUAAGGGGGUCGAGGUGGUUAGGUACGUUGGGAGCAGAUCUUCUGCGGUUACGGCUCUUUGUCUUACGCUCUGUCUCAACAUACUGAAUAGCCCUUGGAUUUUGGCACACCAGUAG